AUGAUCGAUGACCAAGACUUGGGGUUUAUAGUCAACUCCCUUGGCAUCUUCAUCUUCGGGUUGGUAAUUGCUUAUCAUUACGUAGCUGCUGAUCCCAAGUUCGAAUCCAUUUGAGUGAUGAUGUACUUUUAGAUGAUGUAAUGCGUCUUUUUUUUUUAACUUUAUAAUAACUGUAUUUUGCUAAGAUGAAUAUGUUGUCAAGAUGCUCGUAAGCCCGUUUCACAUCUUCA